GGCCUGCGGUCGGUUCCGCAUCCGGCGCGGUUGCGUCACUUCCUGCUCACGCCGGCGCUCUCCCUUUCCCCCUCUCCCCGGACCCGGAUGGUGACUGGCGGCGGCGGCGGCGGCUCUCGGGACUGUCAGUGAGCGGCUCCUCCCGGGCCUCUUGUCCUGAGCGGCGGCGGCGCGGCCGGGAAGAUGGCUGCGGCGGCCUCCUGCUCUUCGGCGGCGGCGCCCGCCGGGCCCGGGCCCGGGCCGGUGUCGGCCGGGCCGGGCCCCUGCGAGUGGCUGUUGCUGCGGGACGGCUGCCUGCGUUGCGACGCCGACGGCCUCUGCAGCCUGUGCUACCACCCGGCGCUCAACGCCAUCCUGGCCGUGACCGCCCGCGGCGCCAUCAAAGUCAUCGACGGCACCUCGGGGGCCACGCUGCAGGCGUCGGCGCUCAACGCUAAACCAGGUGGACGGGUGAAAUGUCAAUAUAUUUCUGCUGUGGAUAAGGUGAUCUUUGUGGAUGAUUAUGCAGUAGGAUGUAGGAAAGAUCUCAAUGGCAUCUUAUUGUUAGACACAGCUCUGCAAACGCCUGUUUCAAAACAAGAUGACGUGGUUCAGCUUGAAUUGCCGGUUACAGAGGCUCAGCAGCUGCUAUCUGCUUGCAUAGAAAAAGUAGAUGUUUCUAGCACAGAGGGAUAUGACUUAUUCAUCACACAACUGAAGGAUGGUUUAAAAAAUACCUCACAUGAAACAGCAGCAAAUCAUAAAGUUGCCAAGUGGGCAACGGUUAUGUUCCACCUUCCUCAUCAUGUUUUGAAGUCUGUCGCCAGUGCCAUUGUAAAUGAACUCAAGAAGAUAAAUCAAAAUAUUGCUGCCUUACCUGUAGCAUCCUCUGUGAUGGAUAGGUUAUCUUACCUCUUACCCAGCGCGCGACCUGAACUUGGUGUGGGACCUGGUCGAUCUGUGGACAGGUCUUUGAUGUACAGUGAAGCUAACAGACGGGAGACAUUCACCUCAUGGCCUCAUGUGGGUUAUAGGUGGGCACAGCCAGAUCCUAUGGCUCAAGCUGGGUUCUAUCACCAGCCAGCUUCAUCAGGAGAUGAUAGAGCCAUGUGCUUUACCUGUAGUGUGUGUUUGGUAUGCUGGGAGCCUACAGAUGAACCUUGGUCUGAACAUGAGAGACAUUCCCCAAACUGCCCAUUUGUCAAGGGUGAGCACACUCAGAAUGUACCUCUUUCAGUCACACUGGCAACAAGUCCAGCACAAUUUCCCUGCACAGAUGGCACUGACAGAAUAGCCUGCUUUGGAUCUGGAAGUUGCCCUCAUUUCCUAGCUGCUGCAACAAAACGAGGAAAGAUCUGCAUAUGGGAUGUUUCCAAACUUAUGAAGGUUCACUUAAAAUUUGAGAUCAAUGCAUAUGAUCCAGCUAUCGUGCAGCAGCUUAUGUUAUCAGGAGAACAGAGCUCAGGGGUUGACUCGAGGAGACCAACACUAGCAUGGCUAGAAGAUUCAUCUAGCUGCUCAGAUAUACCAAAAUUAGAAGGAGACAGUGAUGAUCUAUUGGAGGAUUCAGACAGUGAAGAGCAUUCCAGAUCAGAGUCUGUGACAGGGCAUACAUCACAAAAAGAAACUAUGGAAGUCAGCCUUGAUAUAACAGCACUCAGCAUUCUUCAGCAACCUGAGAAACUUCAAUGGGAAAUUGUUGCAAAUGUCCUGGAAGACACAGUUAAGGAUCUGGAAGAACUUGGGGCAAAUCCAUGUUUGGCCAACUGUAAGAGUGAAAAGAUGAAGGAAAAACAUCUAGAACAACACAACAUUCCCUUUCCUUGUUUGUUAGCUGGGGGUCUAUUAACAUACAAAUCACCUGCUACCUCUCCUGUUAGCAGUAACUCUCAGAGGUCACUGGAUGGCUUAAGCAGGACUCGAGGUGAGAGUGUCUCGGAGCAGGGAUCAACAGACAAUGAAUCCUGCACUAAUUCAGAACUGAAUUCGCCUCUGGUACGGAGGACUUUACCUGUAUUGCUGCUAUACAGCAUUAAGGAGUCUGAUGAAAAAGCAGGAAAACUCUUUUCACAAAUGAACAAUAUUAUGAGUAAAAGUAUACAUGAUGAUGGUUUCACGGUUCCACAGAUCAUUGAAAUGGAGCUGGACAGUCAGGAACAGUUGCUGUUACAGGAUCCCCCUGUGACUUACAUUCAGCAGUUUGCAGAUGCAGCAGCCAACCUAACUUCUCCAGACUCGGACAAGUGGAGCUCUAUGGUUCCCAAACCUGGGACUUUGGUUCAGUGCCUGCGUCUGCCAAAGUUUGCAGAGGAGGAGAACCUGUGUGUAGAUUCAAUCACUCCUUGUGCAGAUGGAGUUCAUUUGUUAGUAGGACUGCGGACUUGCCCUGUUGAAUCUCUGAGUGCAAUAAAUCAAGUAGAGGCCUUGAAUAAUUUAAAUAAAUUAAACUCGGCACUAUGUAAUAGAAGAAAGGGUGAACUAGAAUCAAGUCUUGCUGUAGUGAAUGGCACGAGUAUCGAUGUAAUCCAACAUGAGUCACCAGCAGACGUACCAACUCCUUUAAUAAUUCAACCUGAACAGAGAAGUGUUAGUGGUGGAUACCUAGUGCUUUAUAAAAUGAAUUAUGCCACUAGAAUAGUUACCCUAGAGGAGGAACCAGUAAAAAUCCAGCAUAUCAAAGACCCCCAAGACACAAUUACCUCAAUGAUUUUGCUCCCACCAGAUAUACUGGAUAAUCGAGAGGAUGACUGUGAGGAGCCUGUGGAGGAAAUGCAGUUGACUUCUAAAAAUGGCAAUGGGAGAGAGAGAAGAUCUGAGAUCUCUACUCUUGGGCACCUGGUAAUAACUACUCAGGGAGGAUAUGUAAAAAUACUAGACCUUUCAAACUUUGAAAUUCUGGCCAAAGUGGAGCCACCUAAAAAAGAGGGCACUGAGGAACCAGAUAUGUUUGUCUCUGUGAUAUACUGUUCGGGCACAGACAGACUAUGUGCAUGCACCAAAGGUGGAGAACUUCAUUUCCUUCAGAUUGGAGGAACUUGUGAUGACAUAGAUGAAGCCGAUAUACUUGUAGAUGGAUCCCUUUCCAAAGGUGUUGAACAGUCAUCAGAAGGCACCAAGCCCUUAUCUAACCCUUCUAGUCCAGGCAUUACAGGAGUUGAUCUGUUGGUGGACCAGCCGUUUUCCCUUGAAACGCUGACAUCCCUGGUGGAACUAACCCGUUUUGAGACCUUAACUCCACGAUUUUCAGCCACUGUCCCUCCUUGUUGGGUAGAAGUCCAGCAAGAGCAACAGCAAAGGCGGCAUCCACAGCAUUUGCACCAGCAGCACCAUGGGGAUGCGGCUCAGCACACUCGAACUUGGAAGCUACAGACAGACAGCAACAGCUGGGAUGAGCAUGUAUUUGAACUGGUUUUACCAAAAGCCUGUAUGGUUGGACACGUGGACUUCAAAUUUGUUUUGAAUUCAAACAUCACAAACAUUCCCCAGAUUCAAGUGACUUUACUGAAAAAUAAAGCUCCAGGCUUAGGGAAAGUCAAUGAAGCAGCAGUAGAUAGACAGAUCACAUUUCCUUUAUCUCCAGCUCUUAAUAUUGAAAUGGAGAGAAAUGGAAAGCCAGCACUGGUUGAAUUCAGUGAAGAAAUGCAGUAUAUGGAUAUAGAGGAACCACAAUGUCUUAGGUUGUGUCCAUUUCUAGAGGAACAUAAGGAAGAUAUACUUUGUGGUCCAGUAUGGCUGGCAACUGGACUUGAUCUAUCAGGACAUGCUGGAAUGUUAACACUAACAAGUCCAAAGCUUGUUAAAGGCAUGGCUGGUGGCAAGUACCGUUCCUUCCUAAUUCAUGUUAAAGCAGUGAAUGACAGAGGAACAGAAGAAAUGUGCAAUGGUGGAAUUAGGCCAGUAGUUAGAAUACCAUCUCUAAAACCUCAGAGUAACAAGGGCCAUUCCCUUGCUUCAUUGUUGGCAAAAGUUGCAGCAGGCAAGGAAAAGCCAUCCAGUAAAAUUGAAGCCAGUAAUUCUUCAAGAAAAUCGGAUAAUCUUAGAGGCUGUGACUUACUUCAAGAAGUUUCUGUAACAAUUCGAAGAUUUAAAAAAACUUCCAUUUCAAAGGAAAGAGUUCAACGAUGUGCCAUGUUACAGUUUUCAGAGUUCCAUGAGAAGCUGCUCACUACUCUUUGCAAAAAGACAGAUGAUGGUCUGACCACGGAACAUGCUCAGAGCCUUGUAUUAGACACGCUUUGUUGGCUGGCAGGAGUGUAUUCAAAUGGACCUGGCAGCUCAAAGGAAGGCAAUGACAGCUUGCUUUCUAAAACACGUAAAUGUGUCUCUGAUAUUAUUCGCGUUUGCUUCUUUGAAGCUGGGCGGAGCAUAGCUCACAAAUGCGCACGUUUUCUUGCACUAUGCAUCAGCAAUGGCAGGUGUGACCCAAGUCAACAGGGAUUUGGAUCUGUUCUUCUAAAAGCUUUACUUGACAAUAUGCCUCUCUUACCUGCUGCUGCAACGGGUGGAUCUGUAUAUUGGUAUUUUGUAUUGCUGAAUUAUGUAAAGGAUGAAGAUUUGGCAGGAUGUAGUACAGCUUGUGCAUCCUUGCUAACUGCUGUGUCCCGACAGCUACAGGACCGUCUAACACCUAUGGAAGCAUUACUUCAGACAAGAUACGGAUUAUAUAGUUCACCUUUUGAUCCAGUCCUCUUUGAUUUGGAAAUAAGUGGCUCUUCAUGUAAAAAUGUAUACAACAGCAGCAUUGGAGUACAGUCAGAUGAAAUUGAUUUGUCUGAUGUUCUAUCAGGAAAUGGGAAAAUAAGUAGCUGUGCAGCUGCUGAAGGUAGUUUUACCUCCCUUACUGGACUUCUGGAAGUCGAACCUCUGCACUUUACCUGUGUUUCAACAAGUGAUGGAACUAGAAUAGAAAGGGACGAUGCAAGUACGUUUACUGUGAGUACUUUUGGGGUUACCCCAGCAGUUGGUGGCCUCUCGUCUGGAACGGUUGGGGAAGCUUCGACAGCACUGAGUUCAGCAGCCCAGGUAGCUUUGCAGUCUCUCUCUCAUGCAAUGGCCUCAGCCGAGCAACAGCUCCAGGUGCUGCAAGAGAAACAGCAGCAGCUUUUGAAGCUUCAGCAACAGAAAGCUAAGCUGGAAGCAAAACUACAUCAGACAACAGCGGCAGCUGCAGCAGCAGCAGCAUCAGCAGUUGGUCCCGUUCACAACUCUGUGCCUUCUAAUCCUGUUGCAGCCCCAGGGUUCUUCAUUCAUCCUUCAGAUGUCAUUCCACCCACACCAAAAACAACACCUCUGUUCAUGACUCCACCUUUGACUCCACCUAAUGAAGCAGUUUCUGCAGUUAUCAAUGCAGAGCUUGCUCAGCUUUUCCCUGGUUCAGUCAUUGAUCCCCCAACUGUUAAUCUUGCUGCACAUAACAAAAAUGCAAGCAAGUCCAGAACGAAUCCACUCGGAUCUGGUCUUGCUCUUGCAAUAUCUCAUGCUUCACAUUUUCUUCAACCCCCACCUCAUCAGUCAAUUAUUAUAGAGCGAAUGCACUCAGGAGCAAGAAGAUUUGUGACCCUAGAUUUUGGAAGACCUAUAUUGCUGACAGAUGUAUUGAUUCCUACUUGUGGCGAUUUGGCUUCUUUGUCAAUUGACAUCUGGACUUUAGGAGAAGAAGUAGAUGGAAGGCGACUGGUAGUGGCUACUGACAUUAGCACACAUUCGCUUAUCUUGCAUGAUUUGUUGCCACCCCCAGUUUGCAGGUUCAUGAAGAUCACUGUUAUUGGUCGAUAUGGUAGUACAAAUGCCAGAGCAAAAAUCCCAUUAGGAUUUUACUAUGGUCAUACCUAUAUCUUGCCCUUUGAAAAUGAGCUGAAACUAAUGCAUGAUCCCCUCAGAGGAGAAGGUGAAGCUGCAAAUCAGCCCGAAAUUGACCAACAUUUGGCAAUGAUGGUUGCAUUGCAAGAAGACAUACAAUGCAGGUACAAUUUGGCUUGUCAUCGGUUGGAAAUCCUUCUGCAAAGCAUUGACCUUCCGCCGCUGAAUAGUGCUAACAAUGCCCAGUACUUUUUACGAAAGCCGGACAAGGCAGUAGAAGAAGAUAGCAGGGUAUUUUCUGCUUACCAAGACUGCAUUCAGCUACAGCUUCAACUCAAUUUGGCUCACCAUGCUGUUCAGAGGCUUAAAGUAGCUUUAGGUGCGAGCAGGAAAACACCGAAGGAGCAAUCUGAUCCAAAAGAGUUGAUUCAGAUGUCAUCCACAGAACAGUUACGCACUAUCAUUAGAUACUUACUGGAUACUUUGCUUAGUUUGCUUCAUUCUUCCAAUGGGCACUCUGUUCCUGUGGUUCUGCAAAGUACUUUUCAUGCUCAGGCUUGUGAAGAAUUGUUUAAACACCUGUGUAUAAGUGGAACUCCAAAGAUACGAUUGCAUACUGGCCUUCUGCUUGUUCAGCUGUGUGGAGGAGAAAGAUGGUGGGGCCAGUUUCUUUCAAAUGUACUGCAAGAAUUGUACAAUUCAGAGCAACUUCUCAUAUUCCCACAAGACAGGGUCUUCAUGUUGCUUUCUUGCAUUGGCCAAAGAUCACUUAGCAACAGUGGCGUUUUAGAAAGUUUACUUAAUCUCCUGGAUAACCUGCUGUCACCACUGCAACCUCAUUUGCCUGUGCACAGAAGAACUGAAGGAGUAUUAGACAUUCCUAUGAUCAGCUGGGUUGUAAUGCUGGUAUCCAGACUUUUGGAUUACGUAGCUACUGUUGAAGAUGAAGCAGCCACUGCCAAGAAACCUUUGAAUGGAAAAGAAAGGGAACGAUUUCUGACAGGAAACCAGUGGAGUUUUAUUAAUAACAGCCUUCACACUCAGAGUCUGAGCAGAUCUACUAAAGGCAACAGUAGCCUAGACAGACUAUAUUCCAGAAAGAUCAGAAAACAGCUUGUUCAUCAUAAACAGCAACUUAACUUAUUAAAAGCAAAGCAGAAGGCUUUGGUGGAACAGAUGGAAAAAGAGAAAAUACAAAGCAACAAAGGAUCAUCAUACAAACUUUUAGUAGAACAGGCAAAACUAAAGCAGGCUACUUCAAAGCACUUCAAGGACUUAAUACGCUUACGUCGAACUGCAGAAUGGCCUCGUUCUACAUUAGAUACAGAAGUAUCAACAACAAAAGAAACUCCAGAAAUUGAACCACUUCCGUUUACACUGGCACAUGAACGUUGUAUUUCUGUAGUGCAGAAGCUGGCGCUCUUUCUCUUGUCAAUGGACUUUACUUGUCAUGCAGAUUUACUUCUGUUUGUUUGUAAGGUACUUGCUAGAAUUGCAAAUGCUACAAGGCCAACAAUACAUUUGUGUGAGAUUGUGAAUGAAACUCAGCUGGAAAGAUUAUUGUUGCUUCUGGUUGGGACCGACUUUAACAGAGGAGACAUCUCUUGGGGAGGAGCAUGGGCUCAGUAUUCUCUGACUUGUAUGCUGCAGGAUAUUUUAGCAGGAGAGUUGUUGGCACCUAUUGCAGCUGAAGCUAUGGAAGAAGGUGCUUUGGGAGAAGAUGCUGGAGCUUCAGCUGGGGAUUCUGAUGACUCUCUCCAGCAAUCAACAGUUCAAUUAGUGGAGACCAUAGAUGAGCCAUUAACACAUGACAUCACAGGUGCUCCACCUCUGUCAUCUUUGGAAAAAGACAAAGACAUUGACCUGGAAUUACUGCAAGACCUGAUGGAAGUUGAUAUUGAUCCUUUGGAUAUUGAUUUGGAAAAAGAUCCCCUGGCAGCCAAAGUCUUCAAGCCUAUAAGCAGCACCUGGUAUGAUUACUGGGGUGCUGAUUAUGGUACCUACAAUUACAAUCCUUACAUCGGAGGUGUUGGAAUUCCUGUUGCAAAACCACCAGUAACUACGGAGAAGAACGGAUCACAAACUGUGAGCGUAUCAGUCUCCCAAGCUUUAGAUGCACGUCUAGAAGUUGGACUUGAACAGCAGGCUGAGCUGAUGCUGAAAAUGAUGUCCACCCUGGAGGCUGAUUCCAUCCUACAGGCAUUAACAAACACAUCUCCUACAUUAACCCAGUCUCCCAGUGGAACAGAUGAUUCAUUGCUGAGGGGGUUACAUGCUGCAAACCAGAAUGCCCAGUUGAUUGUACAGUUGUCAUCUAUACCUAUGCUGAGUGCAUGCUUCAACAAACUCUUUUCCAUGCUACAAGUUCACCAUGUUCAGCUUGAAUCCCUUUUACAGUUAUGGCUCACAUUAAGCCUGAAUUCCAGCUCCUCUGGAAGUAAAGAUAAUGGCGCUGAUAUUUUCCUGUAUAAUGCUAAUCGAAUACCUGUAAUUUCUUUGAACCAAGCGUCCAUAACUAGCUUUCUGUCAGUUUUGGCAUGGUAUCCUAAUACCUUACUUCGGACAUGGUGCCUUGUGCUUCACAGCCUAACUCUCAUGACAAAUAUGCAGCUUAAUGCUGGUCCAAGCAGUGCCAUCGGAGCUCAGGAAAGUACUGCCCAACUGUUGGUGUCAGAUCCCAACCUCAUUCAUGUCUUGGUGAAAUUUCUGUCUGGUACCAAUCCUCAUGGAACAAAUCAACACAGUCCACAGGUUGGGCCAACAGCUACGCAAGCUAUGCAAGAAUUUCUUACUCGAUUACAAGUGCAUCUUUCUUCAACAUGUCCUCAGAUGUUCAGUGAAUUUUUAUUGAAAUUAAUACAUAUACUUUCAACAGAAAGGGGUGCUUUCCAGACAGGCCAGGGGCCCUUGGAUGCACAAGUGAAACUCUUGGAAUUUACUUUGGAACAGAAUUUUGAAGUUGUAUCAGUUAGCACUAUUUCCGCAGUAAUUGAGUCUAUAACCUUCCUUGUGCAUCAUUACAUUACGUGUUCGGACAAAGUGAUGUCUCGCAGCGGCUCAGACAGCUCUGUGGGCGCUCGAGCAUGUUUUGGAGGGCUUUUUGCCAAUAUUAUUCGUCCAGGUGAUGCCAAAGCAGUUUGUGGAGAAAUGACAAGGGAUCAGCUUAUGUUUGAUUUGUUAAAGCUGGUCAACAUUUUAGUUCAGCUGCCACUUUCCAGUAACCGAGAAUAUAGCGCCCGUGUUCCAGUCGCAAGCAGUACUACAGACAGCGUAUCUGAUGAAGAAAAGGUUUCAGGAGGCAAAGAUGGCAAUGGAAACAAUCCUAAUACUCAAGGAUCAAGUGCAUAUGUGGCAGACUUGGUGUUAGCCAACCAACAAAUUAUGAGCCAGAUUUUGUCUGCUCUUGGCCAGUGUAACAGCAGCGCUAUGGCAAUGAUUAUUGGUGCAAGUGGCUUACAUCUCACUAAACAUGAAAACUUUCAUGGUGGCUUAGAUGCAAUAUCAGUUGGAGAUGGGUUGUUCACUAUCCUGACAACACUUAGUAAAAAAGCAACAACGGUGCAAGUGAUGCUUCAGCCAAUUCUUACCUACAUGGCUUGUGGGUACAUGGGAAGACAGGGUUCUCUCGCCACUUGUCAGUUAUCUGAGCCACUGCUCUGGUUCAUUUUACGAGUGUUGGACACAAGUGAGGCACUGAAGGCUUUCCAUGAUAUGGGUGGUGUUCAGCUUAUUUGUAACAACAUGGUAACAAGCACAAGAGCUAUUGUUAACACUGCAAGAAGUAUGGUUUCAACUAUUAUGAAAUUCCUUGAUUCUGGUCCCACCAAAGCAACAGACAGCAGUUUGAAAGCCAGAGUGCUAGCUUCUGAGCCUGAUAAUGCAGAAGGGAUUCACAAUUUUGCACCUUUGGGUUCAAUCACCUCGAGCAGUCCUACUGCCCAGCCUGCUGAAGUACUAUUACAGGCUACUCCUCCACACAGAAGAGCACGGUCUGCCGCGUGGUCUUACAUAUUCUUACCUGAGGAAGCUUGGUGUGACCUCACAAUUCACCUUCCUGCAGCUGUGCUCCUGAAAGAGAUCCACAUCCAGCCUCAUCUGGCAUCUCUUGCAACUUGCCCUUCGUCAGUAUCCGUUGAAAUAAGCGCAGAUGGUGUGAAUAUGUUACCUUUGUCAACUCCUGUUAUCACAAGUGGUCUCACCUAUAUAAAAAUCCAGCUUGUAAAAGCUGAAGUGGCCUCGGCUGUCUGUCUUCGUCUCCAUCGUCCACGAGAUGCUAGUACGUUAGGCCUCUCACAGAUCAAACUGUUAGGCCUCACAGCCUUUGGAAACACCUCAUCUGCCACAGUCAAUAAUCCAUUCCUUCCCUCUGAGGAUCAGGUCUCUAAAACAAGUAUUGGGUGGUUAAGAUUAUUGCACCACUGCCUCACGCACAUAAGUGAUUUAGAAGGAAUGAUGGCUAGUGCUGCAGCACCCACUGCUAAUCUGUUGCAGACAUGUGCUGCUUUGCUCAUGUCACCAUAUUGUGGUAUGCAUUCACCAAACAUCGAGGCUGUGCUUGUAAAAAUUGGGCUUCAGUCUACCAGAAUAGGCCUAAAAUUGAUUGACAUUCUUCUAAGAAACUGCUCAGCAUCAGGGAGUGAUCCUGCAGAUCUGAAUAGCCCUUUACUGUUCGGAAGAUUAAAUGGUCUCUCUUCUGACUCCACAAUAGACAUUCUUUAUCAGCUUGGAACAACGCAGGAUCCUGGGACAAAAGAUAGAAUUCAAGCACUGCUAAAAUGGGUCAGUGAUUCCGCAAGAGUUGCAGCUAUGAAAAAAAGUGGCCGGGUCAGCUAUAUUUGUCCAAACAGCUCAACAAGAGAGUAUGGUCUUUUGAUGCCAUCUCCUUCCCAUUUGCACUGUGUAGCAGCAAUUUUGUGGCAUAGUUAUGAACUGCUUGUUGAAUACGAUUUACCAGCAUUGCUGGACAGAGAACUCUUUGAAUCACUGUUUAACUGGUCAAUGUCUCUUCCUUGCAACAUGGUUCUGAAGAAAGCUGUUGACAGUUUACUUUGCUCAAUGUGCCACAUCCACCCAAAUUAUUUUUCCUUACUCAUGGGAUGGAUGGGUAUCACUCCUCCUCCAAUGCAGUGUCAACACAGACUGUCCAUGACUGAUGACAGCAAAAAGCAGGACCUUAGUUCAUCCUUAACAGAUGACUCUAAAAACGCACAAGCGCCUCUUGCACUAACAGAGUCUCACCUGGCUACUCUCGCUGCCUCAUCUCAAUCUCCUGAAGCUAUCAAACAAUUAUUGGACUCAGGUUUGCCCUCUCUGCUUGUAAGAAGUCUUGCUAGUUUUUGCUUUAAUCACACUUCUAGCUCUGACUGCACUGUGCAAUCAAUGGAUAUCACCCAGGAGAGACUCAGGAGACAUCAUGUUCCACAGCACUUUCAUAAAAUGCCUAUCACGGCAGACCUGGUUGCUCCUGUUCUCAGGUUUUUGACAGAAGUUGGCAACAGCCACAUCAUGAAGGAUUGGUUGGGUGGUUCUGAAGUCAAUCCGUUGUGGACAGCACUUUUAUUUCUGUUGUGCCAUUCUGGUGCUACUUCUGGAGGACACAAUGUCACACCACAACAGACCAGUGCAAGAUCUAGCUUGCUUUCUUCAACUGUAACAACGGGGUUGACCACUCAACAGCGGACAGCUAUUGAAAAUGCAACAGUUGCUUUCUUCUUACAAUGCAUUUCUUGCCAUCCUAAUAACCAGAGACUUAUGGCACAGGUUCUCUGUGAAUUGUUCCAGUCCUCUCCUCAGCGUGGGAACCUCCCAACCUCUGGAAAUAUUUCAGGAUUUAUUAGGAGGCUUUUUUUGCAGCUGAUGCUAGAGGAUGAGAAAAUGACUUUGUUUCUUCAGUCCCCAUGCCCAUUAUACAAAGGCAGAAUUAAUGCUACCAGUCAUGUGAUUCAACAUCCAAUGUAUGGAGCAGGACACAAAUUUCGCACUCUUCAUUUGCCUGUCUCAACAACUCUAGCAGAGGUUCUUGAUCGCGUGUCAGAUACACCCAGUAUUACAGCUAAACUAAUUAAUGAACAGAAAGAAGAUAAAGAAAAAAAGAACUAUGAAGAGAAAGAAAAAGUUAAAGCAGAAAAUGGAUUUCAGGACAAUUAUAGUGUUGUUGUUGCUUCUGGUUUGAAAUCUCAGUCAAAAAGAGCUGUUUCAUCCACCCCACCACGCCCACCAUCAAGACGAGGAAGAGUGAUGGCGGAUAAAGUAGGUACCUCUUCCACAGGAGGAGAAUCUUCCAGCAAGACCAUUAGUGUUCCAGUCUUUCACCUAUAUCAUAAACUUCUACCAGGCCAACCAUUACCAGCUGAAAUGACACUUGCCCAGCUUCUAACUCUGCUGUAUGACCGUAAACUCCCUCAAGGCUACCGAUCAAUAGAUUUGACUGUUAAGCUUGGUUCCAAAGUCAUCUCAGAUCCAAGCUUAUCAAAAACAGACUCAUUUAAACGUCUGCACACAGAGAAAGAACAUGCAGAUUUAUUGGGGCCUUGCCCUGAAGAUGAAGCAAUCAGCCCUGGUGAUGAGUGUAUGGAUGCAGUGCUAGAUGAAUCACUUCUUGAAACAUGUCCCAUUCAGUCUCCACUGCAAGUUUUUGCAGGAAUGGGUGGAUUGGCCCUCAUUGCAGAGAGACUCCCUAUGCUUUAUCCUGACGUAAUUCAACAAGUGAGCACUCCAGUGGUUACAUCGACCACACAGGAAAAACAGAAGGACAGUGAUCAGUUUGAAUGGGUUACCAUUGAGCAAUCAGGGGAAUUGGUGUAUGAAGCACCAGAAACCAUUGCUGCAGAACCUCCACCCAUCAAAUCAACAGUUCAGACUAUGUCUCCCAUACCUGCGCAUUCUUUGGCUGCCUUUGGUUUAUUUCUUCGUCUCCCUGGCUAUGCUGAGGUGCUGCUAAAAGAACGGAAACAUGCUCAGUGUCUGUUGAGAUUGGUGUUGGGAGUUACAGAUGAUGGUGAAGGAAGUCAUAUCCUGCAGUCUCCUUCAGCAAACGUGCUUCCAACUCUUCCCUUCCAUGUGCUGCGCAGUUUGUUCAGCACUACACCAUUGACUACUGAUGAUGGAGUACUGCUUAGACGGAUGGCGCUAGAAAUUGGGGCUAUACAUCUUAUCCUUGCUUGUCUGUCUGCUCUAAGCCACCAUGCACCAAGAGUGCCCAACUCUAGUCCCAACCAGACAGAGCCACAGGUGUCAAGUACACACAACACUGCAUCAACAGAAGAACAGCAGUUGUACUGGGCUAAGGGGACAGGCUUCGGAACGGGCUCCACAGCUUCAGGAUGGGAUGUUGAACAAGCUUUGACUAAGCAAAGGCUAGAAGAAGAGCAUGUCACCUGCCUUCUACAGGUUCUUGCUAGUUACAUAAAUCCUGCAGGGAGUACAUCAAAUGGAGAGACUCAAACUAGCCAUGAAGGUAGAGGGCAGAACAGCAGUGCUCUUCCAUCUGUUCUCUUAGAGCUACUCAGUCAGUCUUGCCUCAUUCCAGCAAUGUCAUCGUACCUCCGCAAUGAUUCAGUUCUGGAUAUGGCCCGACAUGUCCCCCUCUAUCGAGCCCUGCUAGAAUUACUCCGUGCUAUUGCAUCUUGCACAUCUAUGGUACCGUUGCUGCUUCCUCUGUCUGGAGAAAAUAGUGAAGAGGAAGAGGAACAGUUGGAAUCACAAGCUUCUGUUGGGACUUUGUUGGCUAAAAUGAAGACCUGUGUAGAUACCUAUACCAACCGAUUGAGGUCUAAAAAAGACAAAGCUAAAGCAGGAGUAAAACCAGAUACUUCUGAUCAAGAACCAGAGGGACUGACGCUUUUGGUACCGGACAUCCAAAAGACUGCUGAGAUAGUUUAUGCUGCUACCACCAGUUUGCGCCAAGCAAACCAAGAAAAGAAGAUGGCUGAAUACUCCAAAAAGGCUGCUGUGAAGCCCAAGCCUUUGUCUGUUUUACGGUCUCUUGAAGAAAAGUAUGUGGCUGUCAUGAAAAAACUCCAGUUUGAUACAUUUGAAAUGGUUUCUGAAGAUGACGAUGGAAAAUUGGUUUUUAAAGUAAAUUACCACUACAUGUCUCAGGUGAAAAAUGCAAGUGACGCCAACAGUGCUGCCAGAGCCCGACGUCUUGCUCAAGAAGCUGUGACUCUUUCAACAUCACUGCCUCUCUCAUCUUCAUCCAGCGUCUUUGUACGCUGUGAUGAGGAACGGCUUGACAUCAUGAAGGUUCUAAUUACUGGUCCAGCAGACACCCCUUAUGCUAAUGGUUGCUUUGAAUUUGAUGUAUAUUUUCCACAAGACUAUCCUAAUUCCCCUCCACUUGUGAAUCUGGAAACAACUGGAGGCCACAGCGUGAGAUUUAAUCCAAACCUCUACAAUGAUGGCAAGGUAUGUUUAAGCAUACUUAACACAUGGCAUGGCAGGCCAGAAGAGAAGUGGAAUCCCCAGACAUCAAGUUUUUUGCAGAGUGGCUGUAUUUGUAUGCAGCUCAUUCCUGCGCUUGCUUGGAUUAAAAACAAAACAAAACAAAACAAAAAAACCCCACAAACUGGAAGAUGGCAUCACCUCCUGGAAUUCAUGUAAUGUAUGUAUCACAAGGUAUUUGUGGUGAUGACAAAGCAGCCUCCACACUGUGACAGAUAAGAAGGUGAAGUAUACUUGUGAGAACUGUGAAGGUACUCUUUCAAAGCCUGCAAGUAAGCUAAGUAUAUGAAUAAAGCUGAAGAGAUGUGAAGUGUAACUACAGUAUCUUCAAUUACAAUUAGUGUUAAAUUAACCGAGAAUUUACUGGGACAUGUUAGGUUAUGAUAAUUAACUAGUCUUCGUAAUUUUCAGCUUUACAUCACAGAAAGGAAUUGAGAAAUAAGCACAUAGAUCAAAUAAACCUGAAGUUUGCAAUGGCUUGUUUGCGUUCCUACGGCAUUUCCUGAAUUUCUCCUUUCCUUGGAGUAAUUAUUUCAUAGCACAGGGUAGGCUUUCUGUUCCAGAUCCAAAAAGACUGUACAGUUUCCAUUUCAGCACAGUAGAAUUGCACCCUGGACUUCAGGAGAAUAGGUUUCAGCUUGGCAGGAUCCCACGGGAGGCUGUCCUGAAUGGCAAAAUGGCCCUGGAGAACUGGUUGAUCAAUCUCCUAGAAGUACAAGAAAGGUCCUCUCCAGUGCGGGGACGUCAAGCAAGAGUAGCAGAAAGCCAGCAUGGAUAAACAAGGAACUCCUGCCUGAGCUCAACUGCAAAAAGAAAGUACACAGAAGGUGAAAGAGGGGAUGGGCUACGAGGGAGGAAUAUGAAUUCAUUGCCCAAGCGUGCUGGGUAGAAAUGAAGAAACCCAAAUUUUAGCUGGUGUUGAAGGUUGCAAGGGAUAUGAAGAGGAACAAGAAGGGCUAUUUGUAGGUAUGUUGGCAGCUAAAGAAAAGCUGAGGAAAAUGUGGUCCUGUUGCUUAAUGGGGCAGGGAACCUAGUGACAAAGGGCAUGCAAAAGGCAGAGGUCUUUGAUUCACUCUUUAGUGGUAAGGUUUGUUCUCCUGUAACUCUGAGCAACUAGUAGGAAGGUCUGUGAGAAUGAGGAAUUGCCCACAGUAGAGGAAGAAAAAUAGGGAGAAUUUGGUCCAUAAAUCCAUGGAACCAAAUGUGAGGUAUGCAAGGGCCCUGAGGGAGCUAGCCGCUAUCACCUUCGAAAGGUCAUGAUGAUCAGGGGACCUUCCUGAUUACUGGCAAAUCUCACACCCAUCUUCAAGGACAAGCAGGAGGAUCAAUGGGGCUGCAGACUGGCUGGCCUCACCUGAGUCUCUAGGAAAAUUACAGGGCAAAUCCUCCUGGAAGCUAUUUCCAAGCACAUUAAAGGACAAGGUGACUGAGAACAGCCAAAAUGGAUUUACCAGGGCAAAAAGUGCCUGGCCAGCCUGCCUGCCUUCUACAAUGAGUUGACUGGCUCUGUGCACAAAGGGCAAGCAGUGGAUGUUGGUUAUCUUGACUUCAGCAAGGCCUCUGGUGCAGUCUCCCUUAGUAUCCUUGUAGACAAGGAGAUACGGAUUUGUGAGACGUAGAUUAUAAGGUGGGUGGAAAAAUGGCUGGACCAAUGGCCAAGAAGAAAUCUUACUGCUGUCUUCAGUACCUGAGGGGGAAAGGUAUAGAGAAAAUGGAGCCAGACUCCUCUUGGAGGUGCACAGCAACAGGAGGAGUACCAGUUGACACAAACUGGGACAGAAAAUUUUGGUAAGAUUAUUAGGAAAAACUUUUUCACUAUGAGGGUCAUCAAACACUGUGACAGGUGCCAAGAGAGACUGCGGUGUUUCCAUCCUUGGAGAUUAAGUCCACUCUCCCUAUAGUGUGAAAAACGUCUGGUUUGGAGAUCUGGGCUGUAGUUCCUUUCAUAGUGAGGAACUACAAAGUGAAACUUUCCCAGGAUUGAUCUAAUCCAGAGAGAAACAAAUUCUGAACUGUAGCUAUAAAAAUUAAUGUAGAAAGGUGUAGAUAAGGGAAACCUUAUUUUCACUAAACUCCUUUUACUUGGAUUAAUAUUAGUUUUACUUCAGGCAGGCCUUAGCUUAAUCUGCACAAUUGCUGGUAAUAUUUGCAUGGGGGGUGUGGGGUAAGGAUUGUAAAAUGUUGAUUUGAUUGUUAGAAAUCUCAUACAGCAUUCAGGUUUGUAACUUCAAAGUUUUUUUAAGGUUUCAUUUUGAAGAUAGUAAGAAAGCGGUUGGAAAAAGUUCCCCACACAUUGGGAGAAAAACACUUUGUAGCUAUUAAAUGGAAAACAGCUGUAGGACUCCAUAAAUUGCUUGGAAAGAAUUAAGCAGUACAUGUUUUUUCAGGCUCGAAGACUAAACUAUUGUCAGACCACCCAAAAUGCUUCAGCAAUUAAUUUUUCUGAAAUGAAACUGGAAAAUCAGAUUAGAGUUUUUAGUUCAUUAAAAUUUUAAUUCAGAAUAACAACUAUUUAUUAAGGCCAAGAAAGUACAAUGCUGCUUAGAAUCCAACUUCUCUGCUAUAGUGUUUUGGUUUUUUUUUUCUUUUUCCUUUAAUACCUAAAAUAUAGCAUUCUAAAAAGCCAGACCCAAUUACUUCUGGACCUCUGAAAAGGCCACAGAUUACCAAAACUCUUCAGGUAUCUGAAGCAUUGUACUUGAAGUACUCUAACUUGGCUUGGCAUGUGUGCAUUAAUCUUCUGCCAUUUUAGUUUCUUAAGUGAUCUUUUUCUCGCUGGGACCUGAUUUGUGUGACACGCCAACAGCACCAAGUGUAACACAGAACAGCCAUGGCUACUUUCAGUCAACUGCACGGUGGGCAAGGGAGACAAUGUCGUGAUGUUGCACACUAUACCAUGUAACAGCUGCUGGUUAGAGUACUUACCUAAGAAAUAGAAAAACUUGCUCAAUUUUCCUUUUCAGUCCAAAGGGGGAUUCUGGUCCGCAUUUCCCACUGCAACAAUGACAUGCCCUGUCCGGCACAAUACAGACCCACUGGGCUAGAUCACCCUUCAGUGCUAGAGUUAAAGCAAAGCAUCAUACAGCUACCAAUAAAAAGUAUCAUGGCGCCAAAAGGAGUAAGGAUGUGAUUGUGUGCGCUCAUGGUGGGACUGAGAUUAACCUAGAUCAUUGAACUGAUUCUUGGGCUGUUGUUCUGAAAUGACUUACUGCUUUGGCGUUGUGUCUAUGGAGGGAGUAAACAGGGCAGAGCGGGCAAAGCUGGAACCCUUUUAUGCUGGCAUUGCCGCAAGAGAGACUCCAACAGAAAGCUGUUCUUAAGCAAAGCGCACGACUGUCUAGUAGUCAGGGCACUGCCCUAUGGAAGAACCAGCAUCUUUAGUUGACACUGACACGAUAGCUACGUAGUGUAAACUGCAUGUUCUCCACGUUCCGAGUAGAAGAAAGACUGUUGUCAUCUGUACCCAAAUUCACAAACUGGGCUCCUAAAUUAGAAGGUGCCUCCAGGCUUUUAGUUGCACCUAGGUUGGGAGGAGAAUGAGACACAGCUGCCCUGAUGUUUUUAUCAACUGUAGUGGAUGUCUUGCACCUCAUUAUGCAAGGUGCUGGAAAUACCAUUCUUAGACGUAGCAUAUCUUUAACUCCCCAGUGUCUGAGGAAUUUACAUGUUCAAAUCAUCUUUUUUGAAUUCUUUACAGUUACAGAACUAGGUUUGUGACACUGAAUUGUAAUGUCUAAAGUUCUUGCUCGAUUUGGUUCAAAGUCCAUAAGAAAAAUCCCUCCUUCAUUUAAAAAAAAGAAAAAAAUACUGGUGGCUUUCUACCUGUAUAGCAACAUGGUUUUCUAGAUGUAACAUAACUGAUUAGGUACAAAAAAAAGUUGACAAGGCCAAACGUUCUAAUGCUGGAAAAAUGACAAAGCAAGACAUCAAAUCACAAAUAUGCAGUACAUGUACAUUUGGAUUCCUAAAUAUCCUAUUUAUCUAUGUAAUUCUUUGUUUUAUAUUAGGAUUACUAGGACAUAUAGUUAAAUGCCUUGUAUGUAUUGAAGUGUCUAUUCCCACAUAUGCCUUAUAUUAAAAUUGUGAGGGGAAAUUAUAAUUUCUUUAUUACUGUAUGAAACUUUGGUGAUAUA